AACCGUCUUUACCUUUCGAACAAAAAGUAUUUUCAAGUAGUGAAGCAAAAGAUAAUAAUUCAAAAAUGAUUGAAGAUGAUACUGAUCCAGUCUAUGUGCUUCCUAAAAAAUCUGAGACCUGGGUUACAACUGCUUUGAAAAAAGUUGUAAAAGGUGGUACUUUAGAAAAAGAUAUGCGGGGACGCCAUAAACCCAACAAAAUUGCAGAAGAUCUUAGGGAUAGAGUGAGAGCUCAUAUUAAAUUGUUUCCAAUAGUUCCUUCUCAUUACAUUAGAUAA